AUGGCCAGCAUCGAAUCCAUCAACGAGGGUGUCCUCAUUAACGGUGCCAUCAAAGACUCCUACCGCAAGAUCCUGACUCCCGAGGCCACUGCAUUUCUGGCCCUCCUCCACCGUACCUUCAACCCAACCCGGAAAGCGCUGCUCCAGAGACGAGUGAUCAGGCAGCAAGAGCUGGACAAGGGCGUUCUGCCCGAUUUCCUCCCCGAAACCAAGCACAUCCGGGACGAUGAUACGUGGAAAGGCGCCCCUCCCGCGCCGGGCCUGGUUGACCGACGAGUGGAAAUUACCGGACCUACGGAUCGGAAGAUGGUGGUGAAUGCGCUGAACAGCAACGUUUGGACAUACAUGGCGGACUUUGAGGAUUCCCAAGCCCCAACCUGGGACAACCAGGUGUCGGGACAGGUGAACCUGUACGAUGCCAUCCGGAGACAGAUUGAUUUCAAGCAAGGAGAGAAAGAUUACAAGCUGCGGACCGACCGUGUCUUGCCCACACUGCUUGCCCGUCCUCGAGGCUGGCAUUUGGAAGAGAAACAUUUCACCGUCGAUGGGGAGCCGAUUUCUGGCUCUCUGUUCGACUUUGGUCUCUAUUUCUUCCACAAUGCGAAGGAACUCGUCAAACGAGGCACUGGCCCGUACUACUACCUCGCCAAGAUGGAGUCACACCUCGAGGCGAGAUUGUGGAAUGAUGUCUUCAACCUGUCCCAGGACUGUGUUGGCGUUCCCCGUGGCACUAUCCGGGGUACUGUCCUGAUCGAGACCAUUACUGCUGCUUUCGAGAUGGACGAGAUCAUUUUCGAGCUUCGAGAUCACUCAGCUGGACUCAACUGCGGCCGUUGGGACUACAUUUUCUCCGUGAUCAAGAAAUUCCGCCAGAACCCUAACUUCGUCCUUCCGGAUCGAUCCGCCGUGACCAUGACCGUGCCAUUCAUGGAUGCAUAUGUGCGGCUGCUGAUCAAGACCUGCCAUCGUCGUGGCGUCCACGCCAUGGGCGGCAUGGCAGCGCAGAUUCCCAUCAAGGACAACCCAGAAGCCAACGAAAAGGCCAUGGACAACGUCCGACAGGACAAACUCCGUGAAGUCCGAGCUGGCCACGACGGGACUUGGGUGGCCCAUCCUGCUCUGGCCGCCAUUGCCUCGGAAGUGUUCAACAAAGACAUGCCGACCCCCAACCAGCUCUACAAGCGUCGCGAGGAUGUCAAUGUCACCAAGAACGACCUGCUUAACAUGAACAUGCCUGGCACCGUGACCGAAGAAGGUAUCAGGAAGAACCUCAAUAUCGGCCUCGGUUAUAUGGAAGGUUGGCUGCGAGGCGUGGGCUGCGUGCCCAUCAACUACCUGAUGGAGGAUGCUGCCACUGCCGAGGUGUCACGAUCCCAAUUGUGGCAAUGGGUCCGGCAUGGUAUCAAGACUGCCGAGGGUAAGACUGUCGACAAGGCAUAUGCGCUCCGGUUGUUGAAGGAGCAAGCCGACGAGCUGGCAUCGAAGGCUCCCAAGGGCAACAAGUUUGCUCUCGCUGCCAGGUACUUUGAGGGUCAGGUGACUGGCGAAGAUUACGCCGAUUUCUUGACGAGCCUGCUGUACAACGAGAUUACCACCGUGGGAUCCUCGCAACCCGUGGCCAAGUUGUAA